GAUUCUUGUUUAGCGAAUAAUAUUCUUUUGGCACCGCUCGCAGCCCAGAGUUUCCACGAGCCGCCCUAGUUUACUGCUAAGAAUGCUAACCUUGUCUCAAAGUUUUAAUUUCCUUCUGCUCCUUGGGGACAGAGCGCUCUCGCAUGAGCAUAGUAUGAGUAUGAGCAAUGUCUGGCUACACAACAAUUCUCGGGAAUGGCCUGGGAAAAAACACAUAUACGAAUCCUUUGGAAUGUGCAUAUCACACGGAGUACACAGGCGCCGUUUGGCAGUUCAACGGGGCUCCAAAUUCGGUCCGUCAAGAGACAAAGAGCUUCUGAGCUGUUACAGCUUACAGGGGAGGCAUUAUUAUUAUUAUUAUUGUCCUUUUUCCUUCCACAGCCCUUCCAGAAGCAUGCCAGAAGGAUCUACGCUGUUAUGCAGUCAGUCCAACCGUCGCGCCUAGCAUUCUACUCCGUACAUGGGUUCCCUUUUUUCAAUUGGCUCCCCUUUUUGGAGUUCAAGCCCACAUAGCCAGGAAGAAAUAUAUCAUAUGUAAUAACAACACCUUAGUUACGGCAAAUUCCGGUGAGAGUCGAAUAAAAUAAUUCAUUCCGCUGCCAGGAUCACCCUCUCAAAGUCGAAGAAUCAAUACUCCUCAGCAUAAUCAAAAAAUAAAAAAAAUAAAAAAAUAAAAAAUCUGGAUUUCAU